AUGAAAUAUUUAAGAGCUGUUCUGGUCCUCUGUUUAAUUGGCUAUGUUAGCUCAACUGUAUCUGUUCAAGAUUAUGUUGACACAAUGUUAUCCAAUAUAAAUAAUAAAAAAGAAGUUAUUGAAAAUAAUCCAGCACUAGUCCAUCAUAUUUAUCAAUAUUUUCAAGCAGUCUAUCCUCGUCCAGAUACAAGCAGAAUGAUUGACUUUCAAAAAUCCAAACGUAUGGAAAUAUUUAAAUCAAAUUUACUAUAUGUUAUGCGACAUAAUGAAGAUUCUUCAACAACAUUUAAAUUAAAAAUAAAUCAAAUGAGUGAUUGGACUGAUGAAGAAAGAGAUGCAUUACGUUAA